GCCACCUUGGUUCACCAUUAGAGGUGUUUGCCAAGGUCUGGUAGCUGAUCGAAGUCAUGAUCGGACUUAACUUGGUAGAGUUGUCCGCGUGAUUUGAUUAGUUAUUUGUUGCUAGAAAAUAGGAGAGAAGAUCGUCCUUGUUGUAACGUUAAUACAAGCGAAGCCAGUGAGAUUAUAAAUGGCAUUGUGACUGAAGAGAUCUUUUUCUCUUAACAAACGAACCAUAAUCUUCUCUUUUUGUUUUCCACGUAUCACCUGUUCCCUGAACCAUCAAAAUCAAAAUAGCUAAUCCAGGCCGAGGGGAAGAGCGUUUGUUGAAGGGGUUGAAGCCUUGAAGGGACCCUUGAGUUGCUUUUGUCGAAACGCUAUUACUGUCCACUUUUGGGGACGAAGCUUGUUGGCUCAGGGCUUUGAUUUGUUGUUCUUCAAACGAGGCUUUUGACGAUGGCACCCUUGUUUUGUUUUGUCGCCCAAGCAACCUCUUCAAGCUGCUGAAGGCCCUGUAAAACGAUUCAGGAUAUUUUCGCCUUCUGGGUGGCCGAAGAAUGCCUCGAAAUUGCCGGGACUCGGGAGUAGAGAUGCAUGGUUAGAAGAAGCUUUGCGAUAAAGAGCUUCUCAGGGUUGUCGUUCUUGAUGAAGUAGACUGAAGUCCCUGCCGGAAUCUUUGUCAGAUCUCCUCUUGAAGGGCUCUCUCUCUGUUUCAUGCCAUGCCACAGGAGGGUCAUGACCUUGUCCCCAGGUAACGAAGAAGACGGCAUCAGCGUCCUCAUGGCAAAAUGUUAGAAAGGUGUGUUGGGGUUAGCCUUGACAGAGUCUUAAAAAGCUCUGUUCGUCGAUUUGGAAAUGUGAAAAGAGAGGGGAGGUUUCAGUAUUUAAGAGAAACUUGUAAGGAAGGCUUCCUUAAGUUUCUUACCCUUAAUCUAUUUGUUCUCACCUAAUUCAGUAGUUCACGUUUAACUAUUUCUUGGUGAAGGGGGUUUCUCUUUCUCCUGUCGACUUCCAACGACUCUUUCUGAAAGCAACAGACUUUAACAUCUAACAUCGCUUUAAUGGAAGGCAUGCGAAUGAUGCAAGAUUUUUGGUAUUUCUUCACUUGAAGCUGAGUGAGAUACAUGAAGGAACACCGGCCUCCCAGUUAUAAGAGGGGGAUUCACAUAAUAGCCCAAACUCUACAGCCCCUACUGGCCACCAACAGAGUUAUAGAACCGAGUAACAAACACCUUCAAGAGACAUUAAAACUGAUUUCUGUACUGAAAUUAGCUUAUGAGCCAUAAGCCGUAGGCCCAUUGUUUGGUUUUUCUGUCAGGAAAUGCUCCCUAGUGAUACAGGAAUGGAGAAAGCCGGAAAUGAAGUGAAGAAACGGAUGCAUUUAGGAAAUGUUGUGGCAAAGAUGAGAAGAUUGCCUGGUUUGGUGUGGAAAAAGAUAUGGACGGUUGGUCAAGAAGAUCCACGAAGAGUCAUUCACUCUUUGAAAGUUGGGUUUGCAUUGACAAUUGUCUCCCUAUUGUAUUUGUUGGAGCCACUCUUUAAAGGAAUUGGACAAAAUGCAAUGUGGGCUGUCAUAACUGUGGUUGUGGUGUUUGAGUUUACUGCAGGGGCAACUCUGUGCAAAGGAUUGAAUAGAGGAUUUGGGACUCUAUGUGCUGGGUCACUGGCAUUUUUCAUUGAGUAUAUUGCAAAUGAGACGGGUCAAAUAUUUCGAGCUAUUUUCAUUUCAUUUUCUGUCUUUCUGAUAGGUGCUUCAGCUACAUACGUGAGAUUCUUUCCAUAUAUAAAGAAAAAAUAUGAAUACGGUGUUGUCAUUUUCCUCUUAACCUUCAAUCUGAUAACUGUUUCAAGUUACCGUGUCCACAACAUAAUACAUAUCGCACAUGAACGCAUUUAUACCAUUGCGAUUGGUUGUGGUCUCUGCCUUCUCAUGAGUCUACUGGUUUUUCCAAAUUGGUCUGGAGAAGACCUCCACAAGUCCAUUGUCUCCAAGUUUGAAGGGCUAGCAAGAUCAAUAGAAGCUUGUGUUAAUGAAUACUUUCAAGAUGAGAAAAUUAAAACUAAAUCACCAGACAACCACAUUUUCAAGGGCUACAAGGCAGUUUUGGACUCCAAAUCUAGUGAAGAGACCCUGGCACAACAUGCUAGUUGGGAGCCAAGGCGUUCAAUUCAUUGUUACAGGGACCCAUGGCAACAAUAUGUAAAAGUGGGAGCUGCUCUUAGACAUUUUGGAUACACAGCUGUAGCUUUACAUGGAUGUCUGCAAUCUGAGAUUCAGACCCCACAAUCUGUUCUUGCUUUAUUCAAGGACCCAUGCAUCAGAGUAGCCACGGAAGUUUCAAAGGUAUUAAUGGAACUAGCUGAUAGCAUUAGGAACCAUCAUUGCUGCUCUCCAGAGGUGCUGGCUGAUCAACUUCAGGAAGCUUUACAUGACCUCAAUAAUGCCAUCAAGUCCCAUCCUAGACUCUUCAUUGCAUCCAAACAUAAAAGAUUCAGUCAGAAGUCCUUCAAGGACUAUGGGAUCCCCUUAUCUUCUGUCAAGACUGGCUCAUCAGCAUUGCCAGAUUGGCGAACCAAACAGGUCACUGAUCAUUCAGAGGAAUCAGAGAGCAAAUCUUUGGGGCGAACUUUGAGUAAGAUCGACAUUACUAGUCUUGAAUUCUCUGAAGCACUUCCAUUUGCUGCCUUUGCUUCUUUGCUGGUAGAGAUAGUGGCAAGGCUUGAUCUUGUUAUCGAAGAAGUUGAAGAACUGGGCAGGAAAGCAAGCUUCAGAGAAUUAAAACCUGGUGAAGAACAGAUUACUGUAACUCGUGAGAAACUGCAACCAGGGAAGGCUGUGGAAUUGCAGACACAUUUGUGUGCCGAGGGAACAGUCUGAUAUGGGGCUUAGUAAUGCACAAUAGGCUCCAGAGGAGCCUUAAUUGGCAUUUGAGGUGAUUAAUUUGUCCUCGUCCCUGCCAAAAUAAUAUGUUUAUAAAAUACUAAUUUUGAAGAUUAUUCUUUUUAAUUUUUAAUUUUUAGUUGAACAUGUGAACAGUAAAUUAAACAAAACUUAUUUUAUUUGUUAGCAAGACAUGGGAAGAUGGUGUCAAAUGAAAGUUGAAAAGUGUCACUGCCCUGAGUGCCCUCAAAGCAUAGAUACCUCUCUGUAAUUUUUCUAAAUUAUAUGUACAGUCACUUUUUUCACGGUGGAUGUUAAUACCACCUCAUGCAAGGAGCACAACUUUGAGUCUGAUUAUUGAUUAUUCACGGUGGAUGUUAAUUGACCAAGUAUAUUCCUACUGUUUUGGAUAUUUUCUAACGUUAUCCCUACUGUUCCGAAAAAUUACCGAUUGUCGUUAAAUAUUGACGGAAGGGCUAAAAUGUCUGUUUUACCCUUACA